AUGUCGCCUUCGCCCACCAUGGGGCUGUCACUAUCAUGGCUUUUUACCUACCUGAGCGCUGUCGUCUAUCUGGUCAGUGCUCAGAAUCUCACACACACAGUCGCCGUUCUACCCGAUGGUCAUAUCUGCCCUACACCGUAUUUGACUACUGUCUCCAUCGUCCCAGUCUACGUUAGCACCUACAUUCCAGGCCCUACACAGAUCGAGAUCUUCGGCGAUGGCAACACGGUCAUCUUCAAUGGCCCUACAACUAUAAUUACGAGCACGAUCAUUACUACCACCAUCUAUCCCACCGCGACUGUGACCACUGGCCCAUCGAUUACAGGACCUCCCAAUGGGGGUGGAAUGAGUUCAGGAGGGUCUUUCUCGGGCUCUUCUAUGACAUCCAUCCCAGGGUCUUCCUCCCUAAGCCCUGGAUCAAGUUCCGGCCCUGCAUCUACAUCUGGAAGUGGAAGUGGAUCCCGAUCCACAUCAUCCACUUCGUUGUUAUCUGGAACUUCCAGUAGCGGGCAGCCGCCCGUGACAUCUCCAUCAGCAACACCAACCACAUCCAGCACCACGUUCUCAUACUCCGAACCUACUGCUACUCUAGGUCAAGGACUUCCUACUGGUGUUUUCACAUCGCUGCCCGAAGGCCAAGGUCCUGUUCUUCUUGGAUUUGCUGGUCGCAUUCCGAACAGAGUCCGCCGUCAAGCCUCGGCUAGUCCUACGGCCACUGCAACCGGCUAUAUUCAGGAAGACGGUGACGCAGCCCCUGGCUGCGGUUACGCUGCACGGUGGAGUAUUGAAGGCGGUAUGUUGAUGUCUGAUAAUGCUACGGUCGGGAAGGCUAGAGGCGCACUGUACGCUGCGAUCAAACCAAGCGAGACUCCAAUGGAAGUAAACACCACCUUCUACUUUACCAAUGGCAUUCUGGGAUGGAACACAACGGACGUUGGACCGGCGAGCUUUUACUCCUGUGGCGGCGAUGCCUAUGCUGGUUUCCCGGCCGCGCCCUUCAGCAAUUGCUCGGCCAUUACCAUUGGUGGCGUAGACGCUGACGUUUGCCCUGUGGAUAUUUCGGAUAUGGAGCCGCCAUCGUCCACGAGCUCAACCGUUCAGAGCUCGAUCGGUGCAUCGGCCAGCAGCAAUCCUAGUCCUCCUGUCACGUCGUCGAGUGCAUCGGCCAGCACCAAUCCUAGUACUCCUGUCACGUCGUCGAGUGCAUCGAGUAUCCGAAGCUCAACUGGCAUGGGCACGAGUUCUAUGUCGUCCUUGACUUCAUCAGGUGUUAGAAGCUCUUCUCAAGGUACCAUCUUCCUCAACCAGUCCGGUGUCAUCUUCGCAGCCAACGUCGACUACAAGAACAACAAGCACUGUUUCCCCUACUUCAGUGACCAGUUCCGGGGUUGUAAGCAGCUCUUCUCUUUCGUCUGCAAGUCCAUCGUCACAGGCGAACAGUCCACCGGGAACGUCUUCAUCCUCUACUACAGCCAGUGGCCCUUCUUCGCAGACUGCAUCCCCAGCGUCCACUACGUCGUCGCAGAGUUUGUCCUCAAGUCGAUCAUCGUCUGCACCAGAAAGUCCUUCAUUGCAAACGACGUCCUCUUCAGGAUCCUCCUCCACAUCGGGAUUGUCAUCCUCUAUGAGUUCCUCGUCCACACCGGUCAGCUUUGCAUCUCAAACGAGUACUUUAGUACCUUCGUCUCAGAGCUCAUCGUCUCAAAGCGGAUCAAGCUCUACAGCUUUGCAAACAACAACACCUCAAGUCUCGUCAAGUACGGGUUCCGCUGCGACAACAAGUGGCACUUCCUAUCCGUCUCCGACAGUGGCUCUCUGCUCCGGUAA